CGGAAACUAUUGUUACCUGGCAACAGCAAGCCCGUGGGGUUGCAGCAGCCAGCGGCAAAACUCCCCCCGCGUGUGGCGGGGAAGGGGUCGUGACCCGGGCAGGGAAGUGGGCUGGCAGCGGAGGCGGCGAGCGCUGGCGGGCAGCGGGAACGGAGGGCACCGCCGGGUCAGGAUCCCGGCCCCGCACCAGGGAGGAGGCGCGGGGCUGAGGACGCGGCCAGGGCCCGGAACCGCGGCGCCCAGCAGGCCUCGGUGCACCGUUGCAGGGCAGCGGAGGCGGUAUGUGCGAGGGCCCGUCCCGCAUCUCGGGGCCCAUCCCUCCAGACCCUACGCUCUGCCCUGACUACUACCGGCGGCCGGCCUCGGCCCUAGGUCGCCUUGAGGGAAACGCGCUGAAGCUGGACCUGCUGACAUCGGACCUUGACUUGGACGCCACCCCUCCGCGCGGCCCGCGCAGGAAUCCCGGAGCCAGAGAGAUCCUGGAGCGUGGCCGGAGCGGCGUCGGGGGCGUGCUGCUGCAGCUCAGGGGCAUCUCCUUAGGCCCAGGAGCCUCUCCCAAGAGGAAGGACCCUAAAGACCAUGAGAAGGAGAACCUGAAGCGGAUCAGGGAGAUCCAGAGGCGUUUCCGGGAGCAGGAGCACAGCCGGGAGCAGGGCCAGCCCAGGCCCCUGAAGGCUCUGUGGCGCUCGCCCAAAUAUGAUAAAGUGGAGUCCCGGGUCAAGGCCCAGCUGCAGGAGCCCAGCCCUGCAUCUGGAACAGAGCCUGCCCACUUCCUGCGGGCACACUCCCGCUGCGGCCCUGGGCUCCCACCCCCUCGUGUCCCCAGUCCUCAACUAACCCCAGCAGGCCCCAGUGCUAAGGGGCCAAGCCUAGGUGUGGACUUCAUUAGCCACAAUGCCCGCGCUGCCAAGAGGGCCCCCCGGAGGCAUUCCCGCUCACUGCAGGUCCUGGCACAAGUGCUAGAGCAGCAACGGCAAGCCCAAGAGCACUACAACGCCAUGCAGAAGGGCCAUGUGCCCCAUUACUUGUUGGAACGCAGAGAUCUGUGGCGACGGGAGGCUGAGGCCCGCCAGCAUAGUCAGCCGGACCCUGCCAUGCCCCCUGGCCACACUCGCAUGCCGGAGAACCAGCGGCUAGAGACACUGAGUAAUCUGCUCCAGAGCCAGAGCCAGUUGCUACGUGAGCUAGUGCUGCUGCCUGCUGGGGCCGACUCACUGAAGGCCCAGGGCCAUCGUGCUGAGCUGGACCGGAAGCUGGCACAGGUAGAGGAAGCCAUCAAGAUCUUUUCUCGCCCCAAGGUUUUCGUGAAGAUGGACGCCUGAGCCCUUUUAUGGGAAUAGUUAUGGGGGUCCUCACCAGGGAUCGCUGCAUGGUUGCAAAGGGCAGGAUCAGGCCCCAUUGUAGAAUGGAGUCUGAAGACAGGAGCUGUGGGGUGGGCAGUAUCCCCGGAGCACUCUUCCCAACCACUGGUUGUAGAAGGGUCAGCCCAGCCUCUUAACCCCUUUGUCAAAAUUAAACCUUUUGUACACAGUGA